AACAUGAAAAAUUUAUUUUAAAGUAUGUUAUUUUAUUUUGUGUGAAUAGUUAAUAAUUAAUCACAUAAGCCAUAAGCAGAACACUUAUAUUUACAUAAUCAAUUACAGCAUCUUCUGUUUGACAGUUAAAAAACAAAAUAUUGUUACAGUUUAGUCCAAUUUAGUAUAUUUUUAUAACCUAACAAAGUUUGAACUCGACUGACUCUUUUAUUGCUUAAUUUUCAUACACAUUACUUCUAAGAUAUAAAAAUGUCAAGUUUUCAUAAGAAAUCAGAUUCACAAUACAGUAUCAAAGGAACCAAACUAAAAAAUAACUUGCCUUUUGUAUCAUCUGGUAUUCCAUCGCUGGAUCACAUAAUUGGUGGUGGUCUACCUUCAGGAGCUAUUUUUGCUGUUGAGGAAGACAUUUUAGGCAGUUACAGUAGAGUUCUAACAAAGUACUUCCUAGCUGAAGGUGUCACCUCGGAACAUGCACUGUUUAUAGCUUCAGCUGAUGAAGAUCCUAGUAUUAUCGUGAAUGAAUUGCCACAGCCUUGCACAGAUUUACCAAAAGAAGUAACACCAAAAGAUGGCAAUGUUGAAAUGAAAAUAGCUUGGAGAUAUGAGGGUUUGGGUCAAGUUGAAUCUUCGUUUGGCAGUAAUACCUCAUUUGGACAUCAUUUUGAUUUAAGCAAACAUAUGGAUAAAGAAACUGUACAAAAAAGUAGUAUCACUUAUUGUUUUUUAAAUGAAGAUGAAUAUGGACACAAAGAUAAAGUAAAAGGCUUCAAGAAUUAUAUGUUUUUUAAACUGUUAACGGAAAUCAAAGAACUUGUAUCAAAAGAAGAGUUUCAAACAAGUAGUAAGAGUAAAAAUAUUUUACGUAUAAGUAUACAGUCACUUGGCUCUCCGAUCUGGUUGGCUGCAGAUUGUGACGAGGAAACUGCAAACAGUGAUUAUGGACAGGAUUUGAUUAAAUUUUUAUAUACUCUUAGAGUAAUUUUAAGAGAUACUUUAGCAGUUGCGUUUAUUACUAUACCAUCACAUUUAUUUGAUGAUGAGCAUUUAAUGCCCAGACUUCUAUAUUCCAUAGACAAUGCAGUCAGGAUAGAGUCAUUUGCAGGCUCCAGUCGUGAAACAAACCCUGUUUACAGUGACUACCAUGGUUUGUUCCAUGUCACCAAGCUGUCAGCUAUUUACUCCCUCGUGCCUUAUGUACCACCUAGUCUGGAUCUAGCAUUUAAACUGCGCAGGAAGAAAUUUGUUAUAGAAAAGUUACAUUUGCCACCAGAGCUUCAAGAAUCCAGUGAAAGAGAACAAGAUGACAUCACAGCAGUGCCCAAAGCAGUUGGCUGCGGAGGAUUUAAGAAAAAGGAUAUUGAUUUUUAAAAAUUUAUUGAAAAAUAUAUUUUUUUAAAACUA